AUGGCGAAGAAGCGCGCAAGAGACGCAGACGGCCAGUCUGAGGCGGCAACAGCUUCAGUGGACAAGAUGGAUGAGGACGGCAGCUCAGACGACGAUGACUUCAACAUUGUCAAUGUCGAUUUUGAGUGGUUCAACUUUGACCCUGAAAUUGACUUCCACGGCGUCAAGCAGCUACUGCGCCAACUUUUUGAUGUCGACUCUCAGCUAUUUGACAUUUCCGCACUCGCGGAUCUAAUACUGAAGAACCAGACUAUUGGCUCCACCGUCAAAGUGGAUGGCAAGGGCAACGACGCAUAUGCCUUCCUCACAGCGCUCAACCUGAAGGAGCACAAAGACAAGAAACCAGUCUCAGACCUGCUCGAGUACAUUUCCACGAAAGCGUCUGAGUCCGGCAACGAGAACCUGGCUGCAGUGGUUCCAAAGGUCCUAAGUGAAAACCAUGUCGGCUUGGUCCUGGGCGAGCGCCUCAUCAACAUGCCCCCCGAGAUCUCACCACCAAUGUACUCCAUGCUGAUCGACGAGGUCGAGGCCGCAGUUGAGGACAAGGAGCCAUAUGACUUCACGCACUACCUCGUGGUUUCCAAGACCUACCAUGAGGUGCAGAGCAUACUGGAUGGCGAGACGCAGAAGCGCAAGAAGGCUAGGGAGGAGGCGCCAAUGUUUCAUUUCCACCCCGAGGAUGAGGUGUUCCAGAAGCAUGCGGUUGCAUACGGUAGCUAUCCGUUGACAAAGGACGACGAGAACAUAGCGGACAGCAAGAGGGCAUUCCAGGAGAUGGGGGUUAAAAGCAUGGGAUUUAUGGUCUUGAUUGAGGCGGCCAAGUUCCCCGAGGCCGUGAAGAAGGUUACGGAGUACUUGAGCCCACAAUGA